CGCAGGCGGCUUAUGUUUGUGAAGAAGUGCCUUGAGCUACCGUUGUCAUAGUAUAUCUGUUAUCUAGCUAGUAUCCAUAGCUACGAAUAGCCAGCUGCAGGUAGAGUAGGAUGUGGGUUCCCCAAGUCCUCAAGAUCUUUUCAUUGGUUCUUGUCCUUGUGUUUGCAGAGGUAGUUUCGUGUGUUCCGAAUUUGAAUGAAGUCAGGAAUGAUGGUGAGCCAAAGACUACUAAGAAGACAAGUAGUACCAAUGACGGUCCUCCCCAUAUCAUUCUGAUGCUGGCCGAUGACAUGGGUUGGUACAAUGCUCCUUGGAAUGGCAAUGCCGAGAUCCAAGAACGCAUGCCGUUCAUCCACUCGUUGUCGCAGACGGGUGUGAUUCUGGACCGUCACUACAGUUACAAGUACUGCAGUCCCGCCCGUAGUUCGCUCCUCAGUGGUCGCUUUCCCUUGCAUGUGACGCAAAACAACAAGAACAAUCUCAUUACCAAUCCGGGAGGUGCCGAUUUGCGCAUGACCUUGUUGCCGCAGCAAAUCAAACAUGCCAGCAACUCAUCCUACAAGACGGCGUGCAUUGGCAAAUGGCACGUCGGUGGACGUUCCACGGCCAAUUUACCCACUAGUCGAGGCUUUGAUCAUCAUUUCGGAUUCCUCAAAGGAGGCCAGGAUCAUUUCACACAAAUCAAUACCGACACACACAAUAUGCCCUUUGUCGAUUUGUGGUCCCAACAGGCACCCGCGUUUGGCCGCAAUGGAACCUACUCGACCUAUCUCUAUGCCAUGGAUGCCGUCAACCUCAUUCAACAGCACUCGCCAAAAACAAAACCACUAUUCCUCUAUUUGGCGUGGCAAGCCAUGCAUGGACCCCUCGAAGCACCCCCAGAAUACGAAACACCCGUCGACAACGAUUCCCCGCAUCGCGCCCGGUCUAGAAUGAAUGCCAUGGCCGCCAUUCUCGAUGAAGGCGUUCAAAAUGUCACUCGCGCUCUACGCGAGAGUGGAUUGUACGAAAAUGCCAUACUCAUUUUUUCGUCGGACAAUGGUGGAUGGAUCCAGGCCGAAUACGGCGGCAACAAUUAUCCAUUGCGGGGUGGGAAAGUGACCGAUUUUGAAGGAGGCGUUCGAGCGGCGGCAUUUGUCACGGGAGGAUACGUCGAACGACACGCUCCGCAUCUGGUGGGGACCCGGAGCAAUUUACUAGUGCAUCUCGUCGAUUGGUAUGCCACAUUGGUGGGAUUGGCGGGUUCUGGACAAAACAACGAAACAAGAACGCGGCCAAUUGAAGACGAAAAUGACGACGUUCCUCCUGUGGACAGUCGCGAUUUUUGGCACGCCCUCAUUACACCCAACAAUACCAAUGUCACGGCAGUCCGGCACGAAAUUCCACUCUCUUAUUGCACUCCCGAAGCCGAAUGCGAUUUUCCAGGAGGAACUGGUGAUCAUGCCCUCAUCGACUGGCCUUGGAAAGUCGUCAAUGGAACACAGGGAGGAUUGGGAGUCUGGCAGGGAACGCAGUUUCCCAAUGCCACCAAACGAAUCCCCAUGCCAGGACCAGAUGCCGGAUGUCCAAACGGGUGUUUGUUUGAUAUUGAAAAGGAUCCCACCGAACACGUGAAUGUCAAGGAUCAAUAUCCAAUUGUGUUUCGGAGACUGUGGGACCGGCUCUUGGAAGUGGGGCAGGGGGUGUACCAGACCAACUAUGAUGGAGGGGCCAAAACGUGCCUCCCGGUUUCAACGGCGUAUAAGCGAGACAAGGGAUACUUGGCGCCACGGUGUACAGUCGACGAUGAUGCAGAGAUGGCAGCAGAGGCUCAAUGAAUGAAUGAAUGAAUACUAAGCUGCAACUGCGGUACUGUACAGUCAAGUCGGUCGCUGAUUGAGAUGUGGAAGUGGCCACCGUGACCAAGCAUCCCAUGCUAUGUGGCGGCGAGCCGAGCUUCGAUCGGGAUUCGUCAGGUGCAGGUACACCGAGAGGCAAGAAACGUCGAUCCUUGGCUCCACUUGGCUGCAUACGAUCGAGGUAUAGCCACUGUUGAUUCCGUGCAAUGCCGGUAGCCCUGGAAAACAACAAAAAUGCUAAAUAGAUCAAGUCAUGUAGACCUCAUAUAAUAGAACGAGCUAGCUAGAUGCC